GCUCGCGGGACUGUCGUAAAAGGGGCGGGACGCGCCGCGCUCGGGAUGACGUGAGGUUGGGGAAGCUCAUUGCUGCCGCCGGCGGCUACCGGGCGUCCGCGCGAUGGAGCGAUACGCGGGCGCCUUGGAGGAGGUGACGGACGGUGCCCGGCAGCAAGAGCGACACUACCAGUUGCUGUCCGCGCUGCAGAGCCUGGUGAAGGAGUUGCCCAGCUCCUUCCAGCAGCGCCUGUCCUACACCACGCUCAGCGACCUGGCCCUGGCGCUUCUCGACGGCACCGUGUUCGAAAUCGUGCAGGGGCUACUGGAGAUCCAGCACCUCACUGAAAAGAGCCUGUACAACCAGCGCCUGCGCCUGCAGAACGAGCACCGAGGUGCGCGGGGGCAGCGGGACGAGGUGCCUCCUCCUCGGGGUCUGCGCCUCCCGGCAGCUCUUGUGCUCAGGCAGGCGCUGCGGCAGAAGCACCAGGAAGCCCAGCAGGCCUGCCGGCCCCACAACCUGCCUGUGCUUCAGGCGGCUCAGCAGCGAGAACUAGAGGCGGUGGAACACCGGAUCCGUGAGGAGCAGCGGGCGAUGGACCGGAAGAUCGUCCUGGAGCUGGACCGGAAGGUGGCUGACCAGCAGAGCACACUGGAGAAGGCGGGGGUGGCUGGCUUCUAUGUGACCACCAACCCACAGGAGCUGAUGCUGCAGAUGAACCUGCUGGAACUCAUCCGGAAGCUGCAGCAGAGGGGCUGCCGGGCAGGGAAGGCAGCCCUGGGACUGGGAGGUCCCUGGCAGCCACCUGCUGCCCAGUAUGACCAGGAAGGCAGCCCUGUCCCACCAUAGCCACAGGCAGCAGAAGUCUGGGCAGAGUUCAUCUUCUGACCUUUGGCCACUGCCUUCCCAGCUGCCCACAGGGGUCCCCUGCUGAGGAGAGGCCGGGUGAACCCGGCUGCCUGUCCCCCUGCGUCUGGGACUUGCUGCCAAACGCUAGGUUGGUCUCAUAAAAGGAAGGCCGGCCCAGCCUGCCGCUGUCUGCUUCAGGGCCCGGCAGAGAGUGAGGCCGGGGGUUCUCACACCUUCUCACUCCACGGGGCACAUCCCAGCCUGCACCGCGGGCCACCCGAGUGCUUGUUCUGGUCUCAGCCGCUCCCUUGGCAGCUGCAGCCCCCAUGCAGAAGAGGCUCCGAGACCCAAGCUCUGUGUGACCCAGAGAAAUAAAGAUGCCUCAGUGUGG